CAAAACAAUCACUACAAAGAAGAAAUAUUUUCUUUUCGGAAGAAGGUCCCCACAAAGCGGCCCUAUUUCUUUACAAUCAAAAAAAGUAAAACAAACCGUAAAGCAAGCAUGUACGCCAGGACAAAUGCCGGGAGUACGCAUGGAGACUUUCAGGACAGAAACGGAGGAAAUUAUGUGACAUCGGCAGAGUCUUUUGGACACUGCUCUCAAUUGUUCUGGAAAAAGGAUCCCAAUGACUCCGGACCGAGUUCGACCAUCAGUUGGUGCGACCAGCUGCCUUCGUCCUCGGCCUCGCUCUCCGCCUCCAGCAUCACCCUGGACUCCCGGGCGGCGGUGGCGUCCACGGGCAUCACGGCGGCGGACAUCGCGGCGGCUGAGCUUGAAUCAGACGAGAGGCCCUAUGCCUGCGACCUGUGUAGCUGCGCCUACAAGCACGCCAGCUCCCUUCUGAACCACAAGCUCACCCACAGGACCGGGGACUUCCGAUGCGACUUCUGCAGCAAACCCUACAACAACUACAUGUCGCUGCGCAACCACAUGCGCAUCCACGGCCAGAAGCGGUACGCGUGCGAGCUGUGCGGCAAGGCCUUCCGCCUGGCACGCUACCUGCGCAACCAUCAGAAGAUCCACGACGACGGGCCCAACCGCUUCGACUGUCCGUCGUGCUGCAAGAGCUUCCGCACUAUGCUCGAGCUCCGCCCAACACCGCUGCAACGCGGCGUCAGGCCAGCCGGGCGGUCGUCGAACUAACUACUCCGCCCAGCGGCGCCAGCGAGCGCAGCAGCAGCAACAAAAUCAACAACAACAACAACAACAACAGCAACAACAGCAGCAGCAGCAACAGCAGCAGCAGCAUCAGAACAGCAACACUACUCCAUGAUGCAGCAGCAGCACGGCGGCCACUCCCAGCAGGAGCCCAUGGCCUCUCAUUGUGUGUCCCCCAUGUCCCAGUCAGGGGGCGUGGUCAGCCAAUCCAUCUCGGACCCCCACCAG